AUGGCAACCAUACUUGAAUCUUUUGUUGGAUCAUGUGCCAAGAAGUUGCAAGAUAUUGUUACAGAGGAGGCCAUACUAAUUUUAGGUGUUAAAGAAGAGCUCAUAGAACUGCAGAGAAGAAUGGAGCAAAUACGAUACUUUCUUAAUGAUGCAGAGCAAAGGAGCAUAAAAGAAUCAGCUGUUACCAAUUGGCUUGGUCAACUAAGAGAUGCUAUGUAUGAAGCUGAUGAUAUCAUUGACUUGGCCAAAUCCAAAGGAAGCAAGCUAUUGCAAGGCCAUUCUUCAUCAUUAUCAAGCAGUUCAAAUACAUGCAGUGCCCUUUCCCUUUCCUCUUGCUUUUCUAGAGUACAGAACCAACUUGUAACAGUUUUAGCACCAAAUCAGAGAAGAAGUUCUAGCCUUGUUGAACCAAACCUUGUUGGUAAGGAGGUCAUACAUGCUUGUAGAAAAGUAGUAGAUCUGGUGCUUGCACAUAAGGAAAAUAGGUCUUACAAGCUUGCUAUCGUUGGAACGGGAGGAGUUGAAACUGGAAUGGACUAUACACAUCGAGUUGAUUUAAUGUCACUGGAUGAAGAAUGGGAGUUACUACGGAAGAGCAUGGGCAUCAAGGAAGAAAAAGAAGUACAAAAUCUACAUGACUUAGGGAUUGAUAUUGUUCGCAGAUGUGGUGGUCUUCCCCUUGCAAUUAAAGUUAUCGCUAGAGUUUUAGCAAGCAAAGAUCAAAUUGAGAAUGAGUGGAAGAAGAUUUUGGUAAAAGAUGCUUGGUCCAUGAGUAAUCUUCCUAGUGAAAUAACAAGUGCCAUAUAUCUAAGCUACGAAGAGGUGCCACAACAUUUGAAGCAGUGUUUUAUCUAUUGUGCUUUGUACCCAGAAGAUUCGCUAUGCAAAUUAAGGCGCCUUGGCCUAAAGGGCUCACUAGUAAAUGAGGUUCCAAAAGGUAUUGGCAGAUUAAUUUCUCUCAAUGAUUUACAAGGUUUUCCGGUUGGUGGUGGCUCUUAUAACAAUUCUAGAAUGCAAGAUGGAUGGAACCUAGAAGAACUGGAUCAGCUUUGGCAGUUGAGGAGGCUUGAUAUGAUCAAACUGGAAAGAGCAGUUCCUCCUAGUAAAGGCUUAUUGCUAGAAAACAAAAGGCAUCUCAGAGAAUUAAUGCUACAGUGCACUGAACACAUACAUGAGCCAUAUUCUGAAGAUAUAAUAAUCAAUGUUGAGAAAACUGUUGAUAUGCUAAUCCCUGCGCACAACCUAGAGGAUCUUUGUUUUCAGAAUUUUUUUGGUCGGAGGUUUCCCAUCCGGCUCGAUACUGCUACUCAUUUGCCUUCACUGAAAUACUUGCAGCUCAUAGAUUGCAAAUCAUGUGUGCAUCUUCCACCAAUCGGUCAGCUCCCCAACUUGAAAUAUCUGAGAGUCCAUGGAGCCACUGAAGUUUCCAAGCUUGAAGCAUUGAUCAUCGAGGAUAUGCCCAACUUGGAGGAGUGGUCCUUUGUUGUUAAAGAAGAACAGAAUGCAACAACAGAAGGUAGGGAAGGGAGAGCGGAUGAGGUUGUUGCAAAGCAAAAGGGUGAUGCCCCACCUACAAGGAUGCAGCUGCUACCACGAUUGAAGGAUUUGGUCCUUGACCGUUGCCCCAAGCUGAGAGCUCUCCCACAGCAGCUUGGACAGGAGGCCACCAGCUUAAAGGAGCUCCAAUUAAGAGAUCUGCACAGCCUUAAGUCAUGUCAAGGCCUGCUCGUGGAGGCUAUUGAUGACAUUUAA